ACAAACUACUCACUUCAUGUUGUUUUCGUUUUUGAACAGUAUGGACGAUGAUAUUUUAAUAUUGUUCAACCAUAAAACACAAAUCUUAAAUUACUACAAACAUAAGUAGUUUUUCCCUCAUGAAAACUAAUUUGGUCCUAUAUAUCCUGCUAUAACUGCAAAUGUUCACAUGUUUACAUUUCUCAAUUUUCUGUCAUUAUUUAAACUUUUUCUCAGCCAAUUGUCUCAGCAACAUUUUCCUUCUACAGCACCUUCCUAGGCAGGCGUGAGUAUGUUGCACGAUAGUGGUGAAAUAAUUUCUUCAAUGCAAUUAUUAGCGGACAAACAAGAUGAAAGAAGACAGUGAUAACGUCCCUGAGUUUCAAAUAUAAAGCACCUGAUAUGUGUUUGUAUCAUCAGUCACAUAUCAGAUAUCAGCUUGCAAACAUACCAACGACCAUCAAGAAACAUCCAACAUGUUCAAGAUUCUCGCGCUGAUCGCCUGUCUGGCCAUCGUUGCCUCGGCCCAGUACCAUGGAGAACCCGAACACAAGGAACACUACGCACACCCGAAGUACAAGUUCGAGUAUGGAGUGAAGGAUCCCCACACCGGUGACCACAAGAGCCAGUGGGAAGUACGUGAUGGCGAUGUCGUCAAGGGAGCCUACACUCUGCACGAGGCCGAUGGAACCGAACGUGUGGUCGAAUACAAGUCGGACGGUCACAACGGAUUCGAGGCUGAUGUAAAGAAGGUCGGACAUGCUCAUCACCCGCAGAACUAUCCCAGCCAUCCCGUCCAUGUUCCAGUGCAUGUGCCUGUACAUGCCCCGACCCAUGCUCCAGUGCAUGUUCCGAAGCAGCGUGUGCACCAUGGACACUCGGGUGCCAGCUACGUCAAUGUCGACAAACACUACUAAAGGAUUUUAAAAUCUUCAAUCUUUCAAAAAGUCAAACUGAAAACUACUAAUUUGUAGAAAUUAGGAACGCUUUUACAGAUCAAACACAAAUUAAAUUUCCUCUGCUCCGUGAAGCUAAGUCCACUACGACACGAUCAUAUAGAAUGGAAAAUCCAUUGUUUACAGAAAUCUACUGAAAUGAAUCUCAUAAUGUUUUUGUAUUUUUUCUGUUUGCAUGCUGACAUUGAGCUUCGAUUAUAUACAAAAUGUUUUACUAGAAAUUCUACACAAAUUGGUUAAUUCACGACAAGGUUUAGAUGUAAUAUCUUGUUUAUUUUUUCUUUAUUUCUUGAAUGCUUAUUUUAAAAAAAAUUACCUUGUUUUUGUUGUAUUGUCGAUCAUUCAAAAAUGUAGUUUAUUUUAUUUUCUAGCGAACCUGGCGGUUUAGUAGUAGCGGCUCCUAUUUAAAUUCGACCGAAGUGGUUUCAAAUCCCAUUUGAACCAAUACCUCAGCCUAAGGAUUGACUAGCCGGUAACGUGAUUAAAAUUAUUCAAGUAAGUACUAGCCGCAUUAGAAUGUUAAGUUAAGAAAAUGAAAAAGAUGAUUUAAAUUUAUAAAUUUAAAAGUACGUACAGGCCUCAUUUUGAAAGUUUACACAUGAAGUAUAAAUUGUAAAAAUCUAGGCACAUAUGAAGAAAACAUAUGUUGCAUGUUUAGGUUUUGCCUUCUUUAAAAUUUGAUAUUGACAAUGUAAGGGCAUCU